UGGUGUUGGCGGCGGCGGCGGCGGCAGUGGCAGUAGCAGAAAAAAAUGGGGCAUUUUAACAUUAUGCAAUCGACCCUUUUCUGUGCAAAGUGUUCAAAAUGACAGCAAUGAAUCAGAGAUUUGGACGGCCACAGGCCAUGGCAGCCGGAAGAAACAUAGAGUCGCACCAGCUUUCUCUGCAGUCACCUCUGCAACAAGCUAAUGUCUCUCAUCCCCAAGAUAGCAGGUCACUGUGCGCCACCAUCGAGCCUAAGCAUGGAGGCUUCAAGGAGAGGUUUCUGCUUAAACUGGAGGAGAAGUACAAAUGCGAGUAUUGCCGUCAUGCACUUUGCAAUCCAAAGCAAACUGAAUGUGGCCACAGGUUCUGUGAAAGCUGCUUGAGUAACGUUUUUCGGAAUCAGAAUCCAGUUUGUCCAGUUGACAAUGAACCUUUAUUUGAGACUAAGGUAUUUAAAGACAUCUGCUGCAAAAGAGAGAUUCUAAGUCUCAAAAUCUACUGUAGGAACGAGAAAAAUGGUUGCAAAGACCAGCUAUGCCUAGGAAAACUUGAGGCCCACCUACUUGAAUGUCCUUAUCAGGAGGUCCGUUGUACACGCAGGGGAUGUACGGAGAGGGUGCAGAGGAAAGAUCUAGCUGACCAUUUAAAUUCAAGCUGCAAAUAUCGGGAACAGGCGUGUAAAUUCUGCAGGAAAGAAAUCACAAUGGCAGAGCUGAAGAAACACGAAGAGUUGGAAUGUCCAUCAGUGCUCGUGAAGUGCCCCAAUAAGUGCAAUGUUUCUGUUCUGAGGAGUGAGUUAAGUAGCCACUUGUUACAGUGUCCCAAUGUAGUUGUCCACUGCAGUUACUCUAAUUACGGAUGUAACUUCCUGGGAACUAACCAGGAGCUUAAAACACAUGAAGCUAACGCUAUGGCACAGCAUUUGAACCUUUCAAUGAUUAGAAAUGUAGAUAACGAAACCAAGGUUUCCCAGCUCCAGAAUGAACUGCAGGACAAGUGUAAAAUUAUCCAGUCCAUGUCCAUUCAGAUAAGCACCUUGGAGAAAGAACUGGUCAAGUUUGGGCAACUCGCAAAUAAAAAUGAAGGUCGGCUGGGCCACUUACAGAAAAUGUUGGCCAACCAGACGGACCAACUGUUCACCAUUAAUCAAGCUUCACAACAGACUCACCAGAGGCAGGAGGAGACGAUCCGGGAGGUGAAGGUUGUCAAAGAAUCUGUGGACGGACUCCAAACGAGAGUGAGGCAGCUGGAAGUCACCAGCAGAGCUGGGAAUGCGGGUGCUGGACAGAGCAGUCUGACUGGAUUGGACAAUCAAGUAAGGAGACACGACAGCUUGCUCAGUGUUCACGACGUCCGCCUGGCAGACAUGGACCUUCGAUUUCAAGUCUUGGAGACUGCCAGCUACAACGGAAAGCUCAUCUGGAAAAUCCGGGAGUACACCCGCCGGAAACAGGAGGCUGUUAGCGGAAAAACAUUAUCCUUGUACAGCCAGCCCUUCUACACAGGAUAUUUUGGCUACAAGAUGUGCGCCCGGGUUUAUCUCAAUGGGGACGGUAUGGGCAAAGGGACUCAUUUGUCACUGUUUUUUGUAGUUAUGCGGGGAGAAUAUGAUGCCCUGCUACCCUGGCCCUUUAAACAGAAAGUAACUUUGAUGCUGUUAGAUCAAGGAGCAGAAGAAAGUCAUUUGGGCGAUGCUUUCAAGCCAGAUCCCAACAGUAGCAGCUUCAAGCGCCCGCUAGGAGAGAUGAACAUUGCUUCCGGCUGCCCUCUCUUUGUUACACAGACUGUCUUGGAAAGCAGGACUUAUAUUAAGGACGACACGAUCUUUAUCAAAGUAAGCGUUGAUACUUCAGAUUUGCCUGACCCAUGAGCCACUGUGCAUCAACCAAGAGAGUGAGCAAAGGUUCAAAAUGCAUGAUCCGCACCAGUACAGUACGGAAUCGUCUGAACAGCAGGGCAUCCCUCCCAGCUCAGUGCUGAUCGCUUGUACGGUUCAUGUGAGCAUCUGAAGGGUUUGGCCACUUUCAACAUUAGGAGGUGACAUGGAAUGCCGCAGAUAAUUUAAUUGCAUCAAUAUUUGGUCGAGAUGAUUCAUUCAAAGGGUUUCUGUGGGAUUAACAAUGUGGGAUACUUUUCUAAGUAUCACUGAAAUGUUUUUUUGGCCAGAACUGGCCAUGUGGGGAUUCACUGUCAAGUCAAAUCCAUGCGGGAGCAUCAUGUGGGAACCAAGAUCAGCAGCAUGUUUGUUAGCAUAAUGCAGUCAGGGUACUAAGUGAGCUACUACAAUGUGGUCAAAAUGUUUUACCUUUUCAUCAUUUUGUGUCAUUUCAAGGGGAAGGUUCAGCUUGUAGGUAAAGGGAAGCUCGAGAGCUGUAGAAAUGCAAGUCCAGAUCAUCGACUGUGAAAUUCACUAUCCAUUUUGUGGUCCUGUUUCUCAAUCCUGAAAUAAACUGUUGAUGAUAAGCGGUGGGGACAGGGUUAUUAAAGCGGAGCAUAACUGGGAAGGUGAGGGAACUUCUUGAUAGUUCUCGGUCACAGCACUCUGGAGAUUCCCUCCCAGCAGCUCUAUCAUUCAUUGUAAUGCACCCAGUGAAAAGGUCCAUGAGAUGGAGAGACGACAAGUGUUUUGCGAUGGUUUCUCAAAGCCUGUUAAUUGUCAGACGACUGGCGUGCCAUCACUCUGGGAUGUUCGCAGCUUGUAGAGGAUGGAGACUCUUUCAAACAUUUCAAUCCCGUUUAAAGUUGGAUUCAAAUCAUAACUUAAAUUAUUUUGUUCAUUUGUUUCCAUGUACCUAUCACUGCAAUGUUUACAACUAAUGUAACCUCAAUCUUCUGUUUUCAAAUUACUGAAAAAGAAGCAUUUAUUUAAU